CGCGACUUGGCCGCACUACUCGCAGUUCCGAGCCCGAUUCGCCGCGGAGUUAUCGUUCCUCUCUCUUGGCCCGUAGCAGCCAGCGAAGACAAAAUUUCCCCGAGUGUGCAGCAGCGGAAAGCGGCAACAGGAGCAACCGAACGGCAACCACGUCGUUUAUCAUCCAGUCACGCGUCCAUCGUCGCGUCUACGAAUCGCCGACGUCGCGAAUUGCAACGCGCGCGCUAAAUAACGUUGUACUCGCGGCCACUCACGGACCGGAGGGCGAGCCCGUUGUGAUCCGCUGGAGAUAGUGUCAACGAGACAAGGGUAGAAAAAAUGUCGGACCGAAAGGCUGUAAUCAAGAAUGCUGACAUGUCAGAAGAGAUGCAGCAGGAUGCUGUUGACUGUGCUACUCAAGCACUUGAAAAAUAUAAUAUAGAAAAGGAUAUUGCAGCAUAUAUCAAGAAAGAGUUUGAUAAGAAGUACAACCCGACGUGGCAUUGCAUUGUAGGUCGUAAUUUUGGUAGCUAUGUGACGCACGAAACAAGACAUUUUAUCUAUUUCUAUCUGGGUCAGGUAGCGAUUCUUCUGUUUAAGAGCGGAUAAGCUGAUUUCUAUUGUCUAUUCUCCAUCCUUCCUUUUCUCCUCUCCUUCCCCUGUCCUUUCUCCCAUCCUUUUUUCCCUCGCUCACUGCGCAAGAAGAAAAGUACAUUUAAAAAUCACUACAUCAUGUGUAAAAGGACCUUCAGUAUGUGUAUGUAUACAUAACAAAAAUUCCUUUUAAAACUAAUGCAUGCGCCCGAUAAAUGAGCGACAAAAGAAAUGUGAACGUUUCCGACUUAAAUAUUGUUCAUCGUUAUAUAAGUGGGAGAUAACACGGAUAAAUUCUGUGAAGUAACUCCUUAGGGUAGGGAGAUGAACUGGAAAAUGAAAAAAAGAAAAAAAAAUGAAGAAGAUGACAUACAACCUUACAUGUUAAAAUGUACUUUGUAUGCCAACAAGUUUGUUGUGUUCUUGUUUUAUAUUAGGUAAAUAUGCAAAACGGUUGAGUUCAAUACUGGCGAUUUUAAAUUAGCAAAUUUUAGUGUAAUUGUUUAAUAAUAGUGUUCAAGAACACUAAGUGCACUAUAUAUAUAUAUAUAUAAAUUUAUAUAUAUAUAUAUACAUAUAUAUAUAUAUAAAUCAUAUACUCUCUUCGCGUUAGGUGGAUUUGCAAGUGAAAUAUUUUGCUUGAUUCUCUACGUAAAUGCGAGAGUAUACAGUAUCCAAUAAGGUAAUCGCCAAUAAUGAAUGUAACCCCGCUCGUAAUUGAUUGCGACCGUUAUUUUAUAUUAUUUUUUGAAAAACCGUCAUCGUCCCUUAUGUACUACGCAUCGAUUAUAACUGGUUCUACGUAUUUACUUUAGUAUGACAUCUUCGGUUAGUUUAAGGACUUUCAAAAUGACCGAAAGAAGGAAAACGAAAGCUCAAUAUCUCGACGUACGAUAUCGUCGUAUACGUAAUACUCUAACAACUUUAUUUCGAUAUAAAACGAAUAUGCUAUUGAAUAACGACAUACGACUAGUUCAUUGCUACCUUCACAAUUUUUUAUAUUGUGCACAGAGACUAUGCAAGAAGUUUUAUCUCAAGGCGAUGUAUACUUAGGGGAGAAAAGUAUUCGUUUCCAGAAAGAGAGAAAGAGAGAGAAAGAUAUCAUCUUUCUGCCCGUUUAAAUUCUAUCUUUUAUGUAAUAUUCAACACUCCAUAUUAUGGUACUUAUACAUACAUAUAUAAUAAAAAUACAUAUAUAGAUUAUACAUUAUAUAAUAUACUAUUUAUAUAUAGUGCAAUCUUUCAAACGAUUUUUCAUGCAGCAUUUGAUUAUCGUAAACGUUGCUACAUUGUUCAAAUUUUAGACUGACUAUUAAAUAUUAUCAAAAGUACUACCAGCGUGCAUGAUCUUUUUUUCGCAGCAACAGCUCGCAAUGCCACUUUUUAUAAGCAGCGAACACGCAAUUUAAACAGUCAAAUUGCUCGAAGUUAGAUUCAUGAUAAAUUGAAAGAAAAUUUAAAAGAAAAACAAAAAUCGAAUCCUGUACCGAAGAUCGACUGAAAAUACCUGAACUGACAUGUUAAUGUCUUACGUUUCUUUUUUUUUUUUUUUAUUUAUUUAUUGUUGUGUAUAUACGUAUAUAUAUAUAUAGAUAUAUUUCAGCGAUUUUAUUGAGACAUAAAAAUUACAUAUAUAAAUAGUAACAGAGAAUGAUGAUUUGUACCUUUACGGUGUUACACACUAUGAUGAUGAUGAUUAUGAUGAUGAUGAUGAUGAUGAUGUAUAUUAUGCUUUCGCCGUACUUGCUACAUGAGAUCGGUUCAAGAAGCACCGCUAAAUAAGCUCGGAAUUAAAUCGUCGGUAGCUGUUAAAAUGCCUAUUGUACUUCGUACGUUAUAUAUAUACACACACACACACACAUAUAUAUAUAUAUAUAUACAUCCCGAGGUGCCGAGCGAAUGAUGUGUUAGGCGGCGGUAAUUCAUAUUCGCUUGUUUCGCCGAGACUUCAGGACCAGCUUCCGACGCGCUUUCUCAAACCAAAAUAGUGCGAGGUACUACCGGAAAUGAAAUAAAACUAUUUUUCGUAUAACCCGAAGAUGCACACAAGCUGAUAAGCGAGAAACGAAUGCAGUCAGCAUGACAACAUUCGUAUUUCAUUAGGGAUCGAGCUUCCUCGGUGGGAAUUCGUUCCGCACCACCGAGAGACAUUUCGAGAGAUAUCUUCGCGAUCGAAUAACAUGCAGAAGAUGCGGUAAAAGCAGACUAUUAUUGUGCUUAACAAUAAAAAUGAAUUCCACAU